AAUAUGCUUUGGAGAAAAGUAGCGGUAUCUGAUUCUUCUUCCACAUAAUAAUAUAGAUAUAGACGCCAUUUCCAAAACCAAACCAAACCCAAAAGCUCCAGUUGUGAACAUAUCAGCACACUAGCCUCGUCACCUCUGUUUUCAUCAUCUAGCCAAGUACCACACUUUCACCCUCUUCAUCCAUCCGUCUCUUUCCUUUCUGUCUAAAACCCUCCAUUGGAGACCUUCUUCUCCAAUCACCAUUCAACACCCAUUUCAUCAACACCCAAUAGAUCGCUUUUACUACCCUCAAACUUAGCACUAACCUUCCCACUUCAGAUCUGACACAAUCCCAUUUCCCCCAAUUCAGCGUUGGACAUUUGUUAAUUCUCUUUUCAUUUUACGUAUGCUUUCUGAAUUUGAUUCAUAAUUUGAUAGCGGAUUCCCUAAUCAGGCAUAGUAGUACAAUCGAUCUGGAAAAAAGCUAGCUCAUUUAUGUGGGUAGUGUGAGGAAUUCUGAGUAUACAGGUUUCUACAAUGUCAUUGCCGCCAGGAAAUACUGUAUCAGACAAAAUGCAGUAUCCAAUUGGCGCUGGAGGAGGAGGAGGAGGUGUUGUUGCGAACAACAAUGGGGGAGCUGAAAUCCUUAACCUAGCGCAUCAACGGCAAUGGUUUCCAGAUGAAAGAGAUGGGUUUAUCUCGUGGCUGAGAAGUGAGUUUGCGGCUGCCAAUGCGAUGAUAGACAGUUUAUGUCAGCAUAUGAAGUCUGUUGGUGAGCCAGGCGAGUAUGAUGCUGUUAUGGGAUUUAUACAGCAAAGGAGGUGUAAUUGGAACACAGUUCUUCAUAUGCAGCAAUAUUUCUCUAUUGCCGAAGUUGUAUACUCUUUGCAGCAGGUGGCUUGGAGGAGACAACAGCGGUUUUCUGAACCAGUUAGGAGAAAUGGUAAAGAUUUCAGGAGAGGUGGUGGUGGUGCUGGUUCAAGGCAAGGACAAAGAGGUGGCGAUUUUGUUAAGGGAAAUCAAAACUACAAUGGUGAGUACCACAGUUAUGAUGGAAAUGGAACGGGUAAUUCCGAUGUUUUGGAGAAAGUUGGUGAAAUUGCUGAGAAAGGAGAAGAAGUUGCAAAUUUAGACGAGAAGAGUGUUGUAUUAUCUGAUGAUAAGAAAGUUGUGGUAAAAACUCAAGAAGUAGAGAGCUUUAUUGAGGGUUCAAAGAACUCAAAAGGAACCAGUUCUGGUACUUCUGAACAAGAAACUGAGCAACAAGAUCAUGGUUCUUCUGUAGACAAUGAAGGGCAUUGUGAUGUGGUUUCUCAAAAUGAUGUCCAAAAUAGAUCAGAUUCUCAUGGGAAGCAAAACCAUGAUAUUGUUCCAAGAACAUUUGUUGCUACAGAGCUGCUUGACGGGAAAAUGGUUAAUAUGAUGGAAGGAAUGAAAUUAUAUGGAGAACUGCUCAAUGCCACUGAAGUCUCAAAAAUUGGGUCAUUAAUUAGUGAUAUGAGAGCUGCAGGAAAGAAGGGACAGUUUCAAGGGCAGACAUAUGUUGCCAUGAGGAGGCCAAUGAAAGGCCAUGGGAGGGAGAUGAUUCAAUUAGGCCUUCCUAUUGCCGAUGCACCUUUUGAAGAUGAGAAUGUCUCUGGGAACUCUGCAAAAGAUUCGAGAGUGGAAUCUAUACCCGAGUUACUUCAAGAUGUAAUUGAUCGCUUAGUCGAUAUGCAAAUCACGUCUGUCAAGGCAGACUCUUGCAUUAUUGAUAUCUUUAACGAGGGAGAUUACUCACAACCACAUAUGUGGCCAUCUUGGUAUGGAAGACCAAUCUGUCUACUCUUUCUGACCGAAUGCGAUAUGAGCUUUGGGAGAAUGAUCACAAUUGACCAUCCUGGCGAUUUCCGAGGCACUUUCCGACAAACUUUCACUCCCGGAUCACUCCUUUCGAUGCAAGGAAGAUCAGCAGAUACUGCCAGACACGCCAUGUCAUCAACACGCAGACAACGAAUACUCGUCACCUUUGUCAAAUCGCAACCUAGGAAAUCAACUGGCGACAUCCAUCACUGGGGCCCACCGCCUAGUCGUUCACCUAAUCUUCUUCCUUCUAUUCGUCAGAAGCAUUAUAUGCCUGGUCCUGCAACAGGGGUUCUUCCUGUCCCACUCAACCGCCCUCCAAAUGGGAUCCCACCCAUUUUCGUGACUCCAGUCACCCCCACCAUACCUUUUCCGGCGACAGUUGCUGUAUCUCCUAUCUCAGCUGUAUGGCCGCCGCCAUCUUCUUCUCCAAGGCAUCAUCCACCUUCCCCUCAUCCUCAUUUGACACCUGUCCCCGGAACUGGAGUUUUCCUUCCUCCCCCAGGCUCCGGUAGUAAUAGUAAUUCCUCAACUGAAAAAGAAAAAGAAAAAGAAAAGGAAAAUGGCGGCAACAACACUACUAACUCUCCUAAAGGAAAAGCGGUUGGAGUUGAAGGCGAGACAAACGAGGUGGUACCCGUCUAGAGACAACGAGAGAUUUAUACAGAGACAGAGGAAGAGCUUGAAGAAUGUAAAGCGCGGCAAAAGAAAUGGAGAGUUGAGCACAAUAGCAGUUAGCAGCAGCAAUCAGAAGGUGGUUUAGUAGUAGUAGUAAUAGUAGUUAUUGAUGACUUCCACUUCUUUUAAGAGUUCCACUUUCUGUUUUCUGUUUCAAGUACUAGUAUUCCAAAACUUGAUAUUAUUAUUACUGCUACAAUUAUUACCACCUAAUAUUUACACUCCUCAUCUAUCACAAUUUCACACUACUAGUUUUAUCUUUA